AUGGAGAGCAUUCUUGGUUUUCGGGAUCGCUGCACUGAAGCGUGUUCCUCUUGCACCAGCUGCACCACUCUUGUAAUUCCAGAAACCCAUCGCCUAGCUCGUUUCGGCAAGAAGAUUCGUGGCAAGAGCGUACAUGAGAAGACUAUUGACUUCUCCAUGAGUCAUGGCUCCGACCUGGCUGGCUCCUAUGCUCGCUCAUUUGAUGGAUUGGGAGCAGAUGGGGAACUUACUCCAGGUACAAAGAAAACGGCGCUUGAAGCAAUGAGAAAAGUGCUCAACAGAGCGGAGUUCACUCCAAGAACUCCCAGAGACUUUGAUGACCUCGAUGAGGAGGAAGAAGAGGAGGUGACGCGAAAGCUGCAGACAAAAUUUCUAGAUGCUGCUCGAGCUGGUAACUUCCGACAAGUUGUAGAAGGACUUGCAGAAGGGGUGGAUUUGCAUUGCACCACGGCUCGGGGCCAAUCUGCGUUGAUGCUGGCUGCUGCAUCCAGAGGGCAUGGUUCUCUCCAAAUCAUCAGCUUUCUGCUCGAGUGCCAAAUGCACCUGGAGGGCAAUGACAAUCUUGGUUGGACAGCGCUUCUCCACGCAUGCAGAAAUAACAUGUCUGAGGCUGUCGAACUGCUGCUCCAGAGCCGUGCAGAUGCUGGUGCCAAAUCCAUUGAUGGCCAGAAUGCAGCCAUGCUCGCAGCUGCUGAGUCGGGGGAUGAGCUGGUUAUGCGCAUCGUUGAUUGUCGAGUCCAACUGGACCGAAGCGAUCGACGUGGUCAUACAUUGCUGUUUUAUGCGGUUGAACAUGGGCGCGAGGAGCUGGUGAAAUGGCUGCUGAAGCGCAAGGUGAAUCCGAAUGCCAGAGCUAAGGACAAAAGCAGUUGCAUGAUGCUUGCAGCUGAGAGAGGUCAUCUCAGCAUUCUCAAAACGCUAUGCAACAAGAAUGCUGAUGCAAACGCGAAAAGCGUGAUGGGUAACAGCCCCUUGUUGCUGAGUGUGAUGAAUGCCCAGGAGACAGUAGCUAGAUACUUGCUGAACAUCCAAGCAGAUUGCAAUGUCAAGAACCAGGAUGGUGUCUCGGCCCUGGAUGCCGCGGCAAGAUUGAAACUUGGACCACUCAAAAGCCUUCUGGAUGUCCUGACGAGGAAAAGUCAGGAACGUGGAGGAGAAGAUGAUGAUGACCUUCUCUCCGUCGACAACGGUGCUUUCUAG